AUGGGCUCGUUUGCUCUGGGCAGGUCACUACACCAAUACACCAAUACGAGAAGACUUGAGCGAUGGUCCAAUGAGGAAAAGGUUAUUGCCCUUUAUUUCGCUUCCAGAUAUAUUAGUCAUGCGGCGGUGUCCAGUCUGCUGUCACGUCGCGGAUAUUGGCGUACACCACCCGCUGUCAAGUACAAGGUCAAAAACAUCAUCGACGGCGAUCCUUCCCUCUGGUCCCCGGAAGAACAAUGGAACGUUAAUGCGGUAGAUCAAUGGAUGGACAUGACUUUGGGAAGCCAUCAAGCAGUCAAUCAAUUGAUUGUAUUCACAGCCGAAGACGCGGAUAUUGUGGCGAAGUAUCAGUCGGUCGAGGAGAUAUUGACGUCUUUUCAUGAGCUGGAAGCACGACGGCAGAUUAGAUAA